AUGUUGCAGUGCCGAGUGAAUUUCCUGGACGACACCUGCUUUGUGUGGGAGCUGGAGGUACCUGAACAAUGUCCUCUCUAUGUGAGCAGAUACACUCCUGAAGAAGAUCAGCGUGAAGAAGAGAAGAGAGAGGCAGAAAGAAAAAUACAGCAAGAGUUGGUGACACCCGAGAAGACAAAAACACAGACAAGAGAGGAGGUGAUUCAGAGCAGAGUGAAAACGGAGGAGGUCCAGAAAGGACAAGAGGAGCAGGUGACAGUGGAUUAUAGGAGACUACAGCCAUUUGUUCUUGAGCAGAGAGCAGCAGAGCCUCAAAUAGACAAAGAGGAUGACUGGUUUGUUGUUUUGGAUGGUUCUCCUAAAAGAUCAGUGCCCUCUGUUGAGCUGUAUGAGGAGACCAGAGAGGAGGUGAUCCAGGGAAGAGUGAGAACAGAGCAAAUAAAACAACAGGAGCAGGUGACAAUGGAUUAUGGGAGACCACAGACAGUUAUCCUGGAGCAGAAGACAACACAACCUCAAAGAGACGUGGAGGAUGACUGGUUCAUAAUUUUUGACGUUUCUCCUAAAGAAUCAGAGCCCUUGGCGUAUCCACAGCUGCAAGCUCCAACUGUUGAGCUGUAUGAGGAGACCAAAGAGGAGGUGAUUCAGAGCAGAGUGAGAACAGAGGAGCAAGUGAUUGAGGUGAUGACCGUGAGCAUUAAAGAACAAAUAAUAGCACCAGAGAAGAAGAGGACAAGCAUCAUACAAACCAUGUUUCCAGUCGUGCCCAGAGACUUUGAUGAUGACUGGUUUCAGCUUUUUGAUGAGCAUAAGCAUGAGCAGAAGAGUUUCCCAUCAGAAAUUCGUGUUGGGUCUGUGACUCCUUUGGAGGCUGAAGAAAAGAGAGCUGUGGAGAGAAGGAGAAAAGAGGAGGAGCAGAUGACAGUGGUUUAUAGAAGGCCAGAGCCAGUUAUUCUGGAGCAGAAAGCAGCAGAACCUCAAAGAGACGUGGAGGACGACUGGUUCAUCAUUUUUGAUGUUUCUCCUAAAGAAUCAGUGCCCUCAUUUCCACUACUGCGAGGUCCAGCUGUUGAGCUGUAUGAGGAGACCGGAGAGGAGGUGAUUCAGAGCAGAGUGAGAACAGAGGAGCAAGUGAUUGAGGUGAUGACCGUGAGCGCUAAAGAACAAAUAAUAGUACCAGAGAAGAAGAGGACAAGCAUCAUACAAACCCCACAGUUUCCAGUCGUGCCCGGAGACUUUGAUGAUAGGAGGCAGAUAAAAAUAGAGGAAAGAACAAAAACACCAUCUGUACCAGAGAAAAAACCAGUACAACUGCAGACAGAAGCGGAGGACGGCUGGUUCACAUUUAUGGGCAUCUCCCCUAAAGAUUACAUUCCCACACCUGUUAUUUACCCAGUGGCUCCGCCCAAACCCCGCCCACAGAUCCCAGCUGACCAACCACUCACCUCCACUCCGACCACACAACCUGUGUCCAUUACAAAAACCAACCUUUACAAAAAUCAGGAGAGGACUAAAGACCUAUGGAACAUCACACCGGAGACUGAGGUGGCCGCCUUUCAUUUUUGCCCUGACAUUUAUGUGAACUAUAAAGACCAGCACUACAAACACAAUGACACAUAG